GACAGAAUUGAUGAAUGGAAAACAUCUGCAUAUAAUUAAUUGUUUCAGAUGAUUUUAUUAUACUAAGACUUCUAAAUAGUGUUUGUUAAUGACAGAUUAAGUUUCUGUUUGAUUAGAGAAAUUUUCGAUUAAUCAAUAUUUAUUUGAGGUGGCUUAUGUUUGUGGCCAUCCUUGCACGCCAUAUUUUUUCCAAAAAUCAAACCUCAUACUUCUCCUCUCCAUUUAUCUGACCUUCGUCCUUCAAAACCCUUACAACCUGCCGCAGCCACUGACCAAUAACUGCCACCUUCAUCCUUCACAGACCAUCUGGCCGUCAACUCCAUCCAGGCAGCUACUGCCAGCCCACCGAACUGCCUUAGCCAGCCAUCAAACCAUAGGUAAUCUGAAGUUUCCAGUCUCGUUUCCAGCGAAGGUUUCUACAGACAAAUGGCUGCCAGUGAAUCUGGCAUAGCCAAUACAGCUGAAAGAACUAAUGAUUCUUUAAGACGAACGUACAGUGCUGGUUUAUGUAUUGGAGGGCAUCCAACAGGUGGUAUUCCACUUUCUGUAGAAAAUACGGGAGAAAAUGGGGCAGAUAACAGUCAGCUAAUGCAUAAUGUGUCAAUUGCAAGGACUAACAGCAGUGGGGCCUCUCUUAGAAGGUUAUUUAGCAUGUCAAAUUCUUCUCAACCUCAGUUUGAGGAAAACCUGGAAAAUGAAAUCGUUUCACAGGCUGGAGAUGUUGGAGACAAGAUUUUUAGCAGAAGAGGAAGCGAGAGCGAGAGUGUCCGAUUUGCCAUGGAACAAGGGAUUGUUUUUCCUAUUCCGGAAGACCUUUUGGUUUCUUAUGGAUUUUGGUCUCGUGAUAAUUUCAAUGUUAACACGAUCUCUCCAGCAUCGCCAUUAGUGUCUGAUAUUGUUACUCCACCUUCUACGAAUGCUCUUUUGCACAAGAAAGAAGAAGAAAAGAAAAAGCUGCCAACUUUUGUUGAAUAUUGUUCCUACCUCAUACAUUUGGCUGUCUUUGGAAUUUUUGGGGUCCUAACCAGGUAUCUACUGCAGAAACUGUUUGCGUCCAAUGUUCAUGUGACAAGUGAUGGGAGCAUCCUAUAUCUCGAUCUUCCAUCAAAUAUGGUUGGUUCUUUCCUAAUGGGAUGGUUCGGUGUUGUAUUCAAAGCCGACAUAGUUCACAUAUCAGAUCAUCUAGCAGUUGGACUUAGCACAGGUUAUUUAGGAAGCCUUACCACUUUUAGUGGCUGGAACCAGAAAAUGUUGGAGCUUAGUGUCAAUGGGCAUUGGGUUUUUGCUGUGUUGGGCUUUGUAAUAGGAUUGUUUCUUGCUGCUUAUUCAAUCAUUUUUGGAAUUGAGACAGCAAAUGGUCUAAAGUGGAUUCUCGGAACGAUGGGAAAAAGAUCUAGUUUGAGGAACUUCAGAGUGAAUAGCCUGAAGAGUCACGUAAUAGUUCUAUCAAUGUUAAUAUUGGUAUGGGGUGGUUUAUGGACUACAAGCGGAAUCUUAGAGAAGCAAGAGUUUAAAAACGGUGGAAGUGAAGCUCAACUUUGGUUGGGUUGCCUUGUCGGUCCCUUGGGGGUUUGGUUAAGGUGGUGGCUUGCUCGGUUAAAUGGACGUGGGUUGGGGCAAGCAGGAAGAUGGAAGUGGAUUCCAUUCGGGACUUUGGCUGCUAAUGUCUCCGCAACAUGCGUAAUGGCAGGUCUGGCUACAUUGAAGAAAGCGGUGAAAACCAAGAAUUGUGACACAAUUGCAUCCGGGAUACAGUUUGGACUAAUGGGAUGCUUAAGCACUGUCUCCACAUUCAUGGCGGAAUUUAACGCAAUGAGAAUGAGUCCUCAUCCAUGGAAGGCAUACGCUUAUGCAUUCAUCACUAUCGUCAUUUCAUUUCUCUCGGGAACUUUGAUUUACUCGGUACCUGUGUGGACAUUGGGCUACAAUUAGAGUUUUUUGUUAGGAUUUUUUGGAAUUCCUCAAAAGAUAGUUUCUUCAAAAUAUUUACAAAAUUCAAAUUUUUUGGUGUAAACAUAAUUUAUGUUAGAUAGGCAAUUACUUCCUGUCUAAUGUAUAGUUGAAACUCAUUUUAAAUCUUUCAGAUAGUGUACAGCAAUAUAUACAAAUCUAAAGUGCCAAUCUCC